AUGGGCCGGAGGGUGUCCCACCUGUGCCCCAUGAGAGGCAUUGCUGAUUGGAUCAAUGCAUUAGGAAUUACCACAGGCUACCUAUUCCACAAGAUUGCAUCUGGUGAUUGGGUGGUGGAAGCCAAUCAACCGAUGCACCACUGGCUGCUACACCAAAUUUGUGAGUGGGGUGGCUGGAGUGCCAAGUUCACCAACAUGACUAUUGUGAAAUAUUUGAUUUCACACAAUGAUGAUCCAACUGAGCCACAUGAGGAGUUUUUCAAUCCUGACCACCACCCAACAGUAAAGUGUCCCCACUGUGGAAGAUUGUGUUCAUGUACUUGA